AGCGAUGAUUGUUUACCCAAAUGCUUAUAAACUAUCAUUCCCAUAGAACACGUAGUUUCCUAUCUGAGAUCUUCACUCGUGCCAACAUAUGCCAUCUAAACAUUGCACUGUGUAAGAUGGCCAUAUAUUUGAUCACAGUAUUCUUGAUUUUGAGUAAUAUUUUGGGAGAACACAUUUGGACAAAUGCCUCUCCUACGGAUGGGAAAUAUUCUCUUUCAGCACCCAAUAUAGCUAUUGGUGGAACAUCUACGCAGUCCAGUACCUAUGCGUAUUAUGGGAAUGCUCGUAAUGCCAAUGAUGGAUCAUUAGAAAAUAAUUACCUAAGAUCACAGUGCUCAUACACAGAGAAGGAAUUGAACCCUUGGUGGAUGGUGGAUCUGAAAAACAGGUACCAGAUCUUCUCAGUGGCUGUUACCAAUCGAGUACUAGAAUGUUGCAAAGAAAGACUGUACGGAGCAGAAAUUCGAAUUGGGAAUGACCCGAAGAAUGGAGGCACAUCAAACCCCAGAUGUGGUACAAUCCCCAAAAUUGAAUCUGGACAAACAAUUUCCUUUUCAUGUGAAGGAAUGAUUGGAAAAUAUGUUACUGUUACAAUACCUGGACGGGAAGAGCAUCUUAUCCUCUGCGAAGUGCAAGUAUAUGGUUUACCUGCCAGUAAUACAGAUAUUGAACAGGAAGAAGGUGAACCAUUCAAGACUCCAAACGGAGCUCCAAAUGUGGCAGUGAACGGUGUUUCCACGCAGUCCAGUAUUUAUAACAUGUAUGGAGAGUCGAAGAAUGCCAUUGAUGGGUCUCUAUCCAGUAAUUACCUCUUUAUCCAAUGCGCCGGUACUUCCGAGCAAGAUAAUCCUUGGUGGAUGGUCGAUCUUAAGGCAACACACAAAGUUUUUACUGUAACUGUUACCAACAGAGGUGACUGCUGUGCAGAAAGGAUCAAUGGAGCCCAAAUAAGAAUUGGAAACUCAACAGAAAAUGGAGGCACUAAUAACCCCAUAUGUGGAAUUAUCCCGAAGAUGAAUAAUGGGGAGACCCUUGCAUUUGAAUGUGAUGGCAUGUUAGGACAAUAUGUGACUGUCAAUAUCCCAGGAAGGAACAAGUCUGUGACCAUCUGCGAAGUUCAAGUGUUUGGUCUUCUAAAUGAGGAUGUUGAAAUAGAACAACAACAACAAGAAGAUGAAACUAUGAUAUUUGAAGAUCAUAUCCCGGGUCCAUUUAGCCUAUAUGAUGACUUAGUUGAUUACUAUGAUGAAGUUACAGAAAUUUUAGAAAUUAAAGAAGAUGAAGAAAUCAAUCUUGCUUUUCGGGGUAUUAGUUCACAAUCCAGCACAUAUGAUUUGUUUGGGGCAGCCGAAAAUGCUAUAGAUGGCUCCCGAAGCACUAGAUACAUGUCAAGUCACUGUUCGCACACAGAUCUGGAUAUAGAACCCUGGUGGAGACUGGACCUCACAAAGAUCUACAAUGUGAAUCGAUUGAAGAUAACAAACAGAGGUGACUGUUGCAAUGAAAGGAUUAAUGGGGCAGAAAUAAGAAUUGGGACAUCCCCAGAACGAGGAGGAAUGAAAAACCCAAAAUGCGCUAAAAUUGAGUCUAUGAAUCUUGGAGAGGAAAAAGAAUUUAUCUGUGACAUGGUAGGGCGAUUUGUGACCAUCACCAUUCCAGACAAAGCUGCAUAUUUGACUCUUUGUGAGGUGAAGGUUUAUGGAAAUGAGGUUUCAGGAAACUAUACAGACAUUCCUGUUUUCGAAGACAGUCAAGAGCACCAUGAAGCUAAUGAAAUGCGAAAAAUUCUGGCACAUUCAAAUGCUGCAUCUAAUGUAGCCAUCAAAGGGGUGACAUCCCAGUCUAGUACAUAUGGAGCAGGUGAUCCUAAAAAAGCUGCAGAUGGUUCCUUGAAAAACAAAGAUCCAGAGACUCAAUGUGCUAAAACAAAAGAGAAUCUUGAUUCUUGGUGGACACUAGAUUUGCAAUCAGACCAUAAAGUGUUUUCUAUUGCCAUAACCAGCAGGGCGGACUGUUGUGAGGAAGAUCUCAAUGGGGCAGAGAUUCACAUUGGAAAUUCUGCAACUGGCUGGAAAAAGAACCCCAUUUGUGGAACCGUAUUCUCUAUUGGCCUUGGAGAAACCUUUUCAUUUAAUUGUGACGGAAUGCAAGGUCGAUUUGUUACUAUUGUGAUUCCAGAUAAGAAUAAGUCACUUACCCUUUGUGAAGUACAAGUGUUUGCUGUACCCAUAGAGAAUCCAACUGGAGAACUGUGGGAUGGAGACUUUGAAAUACAGAAGCAACACCAUGGUGUAAAAAACAUCGCUCCCCAAGGUAAUCCUUCACAGUCCAGCCAUUUUGGAAGCAGACUAGAAGCUAGAACAGCUAUUGAUGGAUCUUUGGCCAGUAAUUACCUGCUAGGUGAAUGCACUCACACGAAAAAAGAAAAGAAUCCGUGGUGGAAAUUAGACUUAAAAUCCAAAAUGGUUGUACAGUCAGUCGCCAUCACCAACCGUGCUGACUGCUGCCGAGAAAGGAUCAAUGGGGCAGAGAUCCGAAUUGGGAAUUCUGCAGAAAAUGGAGGCAUUAAUAAUCCCAGAUGUGGAUUUGUGUACAAGAUGUAUUAUGGAGAAACAAUGUCCUUUAACUGUAAAGGAAUGGAGGGACGGUAUGUUACUGUAACUUUAACAGAUACUGAAGAGUUCCUAUCAGUAUGUGAAGUCCAAGUGUUUGCGCAUCCUGCUAAAAUACAAGACAUACUGCCCUCUCCUCAUUCUGACGAGAUAUUGGAAUCAACAGAAAAAAAACAAGAGAUUACCAAGGAUCUUAGAGGAAACGCUUUCUUCUUCCCUGGAGAAAGUGACAACAGCCUCGUGUACCUAUCUCCACAACAACCAAUGAAUCUGAAAGCAUUUACGCUUUGUAUGAGGCUGUCACUAAAUGUUUCUGAGAAUCGAGAAACCAUCCUGUUUUCAUAUCGUACACAAUAUUUUGAUGAAUUAAAUCUGUGGAUUGAGUCCAAUGGAAAGAUUGGCUUCUAUAUGAGUGGAGAGGGUGUCUUCUUCCCACCAAUAAAUAAGAAAAAUGAAUGGAACCAUCUUUGUCUAACGUGGGAGUCAAAAUAUGGUCGUACUGAGCUAUGGAUCAACGGUAGAAGAAAACCAAUGCAAGUUUAUAACAGAAGGCACCAAGUACGUCAUGGUGGUAUUGCCAUUGUGGGUCAAGAUCAAGACUCCCUGGGAGAAGGUUUUGAUGCAAGUCAAAGCUACAUUGGAAAAAUUAAAGACCUAAACAUGUGGAACAGAGUUAUUUCACUGAAAGCAGUUAGAGCCGUUUUCAGGAAUAAGGAUGUUCAGAAGGGCAACAUUUUUGAUUGGGGUUCCUUUACCUAUACUAUCAAGGGAAAUGUAAAAAUUGUUUAAAAAAAAAAAAAACAAGUUUGUGGUCUUUGCAGAUGUAUCUGUUACUUUAACCAAUAAAUACUUGUUCCAUAAAGAUGA